UUUAACAAACACAGCAUAUAUCAUAUGCUCUGGUAUUUACUUUUCUCAUAAGAUGUACCAAACAUCAAUUUGAUCAUUAUAUCUCAUGCAUCUAAUGUAGACAACAGUUAUGCCAAUCAAUUACAAGAAUUGCUUUUUUAAAUUUUGAACAGAUUUUUUGUUCUUAAGAUAAUUGCUGUUUAUUCAAAGGUCUUCCACUGCGAGUUGAUAACCUUCGCCUUUAAAUCACCUUCGUACAUUGUUUGUGAAGCCAGCAUUGAAGACGGUGUCAUCUCAGAAAUGCCUCUACGCCGGCAGCUUCCAUUAAUUACAUUCCGGUUGACAAUAUGGAUGAAAGCAAACUAAUAUUUUAUUAAUAAAGUUAUGAGUUUAUAUGAUAUACCUGUGUCUUAUCGUACUAGCGCACAUGCAUUACUUCGUCUGCCUAAGCAAAAUCAAAUGAAGAUCGACCACUGAACACAUAUACCAAGGUUUUUCAAAAUGAAUGUGAUUUAGUUUGCAGCCUUGAGAAAAUAACGUAGAUCUAUCAUUGGUCAUUGGAAGCUGAACCUAUGCAAGGCGGGACAAUACGACGUCACACGGAUGCGAGACGUUGUGUGGUAUCAAGCUCGUGCCAGAAACGUCAACUUUUGACGCUUGUGGGUCAACGGAAUGAACGAUGUUGUGCCAGUGUUGGUGCUGUCAGAGUAUCUAGAGAUAAACAGGUCACAAUUGCCUGGUCGGUCUACGCUUGCCAAAUGAUUGUCACAGGGAACUAACUAGGCCUAUCCGUGAAAAUUUAUUCGUCGUACUUCAGGCAGACAUAGGUCAACAUUCGAAGUGCUUUUAUGGCUGGCAUACUUUGUUCCUGCAAUAAAGGGGAUGCCAGAAGAAAUCGUUAAGCUGUGUGGCUUGAACAGCUGUGUCAAACCCGCCGUGGACUCUUGUUGCAUGCGGACGGAGGCUCUUGGGCACCCUCUUACCAGAACGCUGCCUGUCUGCUUACGCUCCAAGGUGCUUUAACGCUUGUCAGCUGGGGAAAUGAUCUUCUUGCGCAUGAAACGCCAAAUAUUUAUUCUCUGAACAAGACGUUACAGCACGGAAACGGAAUAUAUCAGGAACAAAAAACAUGUGGUAGUAUCGUCCGUCCAUCGUUAACAUGGAGUGGCUACGGCAAAAAUUUUUUGCCGCAAGUGAUCGCCAAGACAUUCCCCUUGUCGGAAUGAAUGGCAAAUACGAAAGAUAUGCAUCAACAGAGGACGACAGCAUUUCAGUAAACAUUGACGAAAAAACGCGAAAGAAAAAGAAGAUGGACAAUGUAGGCUACAAACUUGCCAAGCGCAAGACAUUUUUCGCCCGCAGGCGGAAAGUUGCGGAUGCGACUUUUGCCCUGGCCCUUUUGGGAAUCAUGAUCAUGAUCGUGGAAACGGAGUUUACGAUUAGUGGAACCUACUCUAAAGAGUCAGCGGCGUCUUUCUUCAUGAAGACGCUUAUCACAAUCUCAACUCUGGCGCUCAUGGGUUUUUUGGCCUGGUACCACGUCAUUGACGUGAGACUGUACAUGAUAGACAAUAACAUUGACGACUGGAGGCUGGCGAUGUCCAAAGAGAGAGUGCUAAAGAUCGUGGUCGAGUUCAUCAUUUGUGCCAUUCAUCCACCACCGGGAGACACAAAUAUCGACUGGAUUUCUAAAAAUAUGAGGACAAACGACCAGACGGUAAAUACAAUUUCGGUGGACAUCAUAUUUUCUCUCCCGAUGUAUCUUCGGCUCUAUCUCAUCGGUCGAAUUUUGUUGCUGCACAGCCGGUUGUAUUGCGACGCAUCCUCGCAAUGUUUAGGUGUGCUCAACCGCAUCCAUUUCAACUUUGGCUUCAUCUUCAAAUCUCUUAUGAACAUCUAUCCAGAGCGAGUGCUGGCUGUCAUCGUCUGCGGAGUCGUAUUCAUUGCUAGCUGGUCUAUUCAUUUGUGCGAGUUCUCCAGUGAAAAUCCCGAGGAGCACCUGAAUUUGUGGGACUCUCUUUGGAUGAUAACCAUCACCUUUCUCACUGUCGGCUAUGGUGACACGUAUCCCCGAUCUCCGUGCGGGCGUGGUAUAGCAGUGCUUACCGGCUUGCUUGGAGUCGCAAUGACCGCUUUAGUUGUGGCGGUGUUGGCUAACAAACUAGAACUGUCACGGGCUGAAAAGUACGUUCAAAACUUUGUGAUCGACGUAGAGCUAGAGAAAAGUCUAAAAAAUUCGGCAGCUAAUAUUCUACGCGAAGGAUGGCUAGUUUAUAAGCUGAAAAAGCAACAUGCUGAAAAAUCACGCAUCCGUGCCCACCAAAGGAAACUGCUUAAGUCAAUAGCCCAGAUUCGAGACUUGAAACAAGAAAUACGGAAAUCCACAGAUAAUAACAUUACUAUGGUGGAAAUGGGUAAACAGCAACAGCUAAUUUAUGAUGACGUAUACCACAUGAAAACACGACAAAAAGAACAAGAGGCUGAAUCUUUAGAAAUGAAGGAAAAGCUUAACAGCAUCGACAGUAAAGUUGAAGACAUACAACGAAUCCUCUCUGAACUUCUGCGAAAACGCACUGAGCGUUCGACUUAAAGUGGUAGAAACUUGUUGGUGUCACCUAAAGGCAUUUGAUUACUUAAAGACGAAGUUCAGACUGAAGUUAAAGUAGAGCUUAACAUUACAGCGCAAUAACAAUAACAACAACAACAACAACAACACACACAAAAAAAAAAAAAAAAAGAAAAAGCAAAGAUCAACUUUUACCAUUGUUAUUUACACCUACAGGCUCAGCUUUGCAUGGCGGAGGAAUUCAUAUAAUGGCUAAUUAUUAAUUUAUUAUGUGAAGCCAUACAUUCCGAUUUGCUGAUGGAACAUGAGACAUGUAUAUCAACCACAACGGUUCUUCGUCACCAAAUCCAUUUUAUCGGUGAAACGUAUAGCAAAGCCAGGAUAUGUUUAAUUAACUGUGUUAGAAAUCAAUGGACAUCCGAUUGAUGCCGUAGUACAAUACUAAACAUACUGUUUGAUUAUCAAUAAUGUACAUUUUAUGUAGUUAGCUAUUUGGCAACAGAGUGGUGUAAUAUGAUUAUAGAUAAAAUUAACAAGUAGUAUGCAAAACUAAACGAAAAAAAUAGUAUUAUUUUUUCAGAAUUUAAGUAAGGUUUAUGGUGCACUUUGUUAGAAAGGGACAUUUCACUUUAAGAUAUUAGAUAUAAUGUAUAGAGCUGAAUUUUCAAAACUGAACGCAGUUUAUUCUUCCAUCACGCCAUUAAAUCUUCAGUAAAAUUUAUUGAUUUACAUAAGUAAAUGAUUAUUAGUUCCGACUAACGGGCGUCAUUGCGUAGACUGAACAUGUUCAUGAUAUUAUGUUUCCGACAGGAAAUAAGUUUCUCCCAACGAUAUACCAUAAAAAGAGCAGGACCUCGUAUGUGUUACGAAAGGCUGCCACUGUUAUAUCAACUGUGUAUGUGGUAAUAGUGGCUAAGUCCCGCAUUUUAGUUUGGUCCAUUGUAUGGAUGAUUAUGGAAAAAUUAAGUAUCAUAGCACUGUGUUGAUCAGCUAUUUAAAAUAAAACAACUAAGGAAAACAAACCCAAUACCCUGAUACAAGACAUCGUCUGAAACGUUAUAGUAGGGUUUUCUUUGAAUAUAUUAUUCAGCGAGAACGAGGCUUUCCUGGGACUUGUAGUUACUGAAUCGGGAUCGGAGAGCUGUUGGUCUGUUUAAAGAUUAAUGUUGCAUGUGGCAUAUCCUCGUUUUAUGCUAGUACUAAAUAUUUUACAAAGCAAAUGUACAAAGUGCAUCCAUACCUUGGAAAUUCAUUUACAUUAAAUGAACAUAAACAUACAUGUAGACAUGACAAAGCAAAUAUGAUUAAUUAUGAAACGUGCGGAUUGAGCAUUUGAUAUUUCAUUAUUUCAAACUGCAAUUUCAUUUCAAAUACAAAAUAAAC